GGCCCGUUCGUCAUCAUCGAUAUUCUCGAUUAGUGACUAGACUUUGUGCCUAACAGUUAUUUAAUUGUAACACACGGAUAAGCAUCCACGCCGGAGAGAUACACGGAAAUAAUAUUUUGAUUUCGAGAAACGGCGACUUUCUAUUCUAUUUUUUGUGACCAUUAGUGUGUGAAAGUAAGUUUUAAGUAACUCGAGGAUCGCGCCUGAAACGUGCAACUAAUUUCUCGGUGGAGAGGAAGGCAGCCCGCUGUAUAUUUUACUUCUUCCUCGGAUUCUUUGAGACAUCCGAGGGAGUAGAAAAAUGGCUGAGAUCGAAAUGUCAGUCCCAAAGGAGCCCUCUCCUAAAACGCGCAUGUAUGCAACUUCUACGGAGACGUCAGUGCGACCUUUAGUUCCCGUAAAAAUGGCGCGAUCCUACAAAAAAGUUCUCAUCGUCUCAAUCGUCGGUUUGGUGAUUACGCUUCUUGGCAUAAUCGUAGGAGCACUCUGGGUCACUAUGCUAUAUGACUUGACAUUUGCAAAGCUAUUGACGUUAACGUCAGAGUCUCUCACUUUUAAUUUCUGGGUGAAGACUCCUAUUCCGAUGUACUUCAAAUUCUACAUGUUCAAUUGGACUAAUGCGCAGGAGUACUUUCAGACUAAGUCAGUGAAACCACAUUUUCAGGAAUUGGGGCCUUACGUUUUUCGAGAAGUCGAUACUAAGGUACGCCGCGAAUGGAAUUACGACAAUGGAACUGUCACGUUUCAAAGGAGGAAGACUUGGGUCUUUGAAGAGUCCCUGUCCAAUGGGAGUCUAACUGACGAGAUUACCAACUUAAAUCCAAUAGCUGCGACGGUCGCGUCUUCGAUAAAACAUAAGUCUCCGUUUAUACGUAAGAUGGUAGACGGGGUUAUGGUGCGUUUAGGGGAGAAGUUAGUAUUUACUAAAAGCGUGAACACGCUGUUAUUCAAAGGGUUCAAUGACACGUUGUUGGACAUCGCGCGAAAGAUGAAAGUGACCAAUUUACCGGAUUCUAAAUUCGCCUGGUUCUACGGGAGAAACGAGUCGGAUAGCUACGACGGCACAUUCAACAUGUUAACCGGUACAACCAACUUGUAUGAUAUGGGAAUGCUAAAAGAGUGGAAUUACAGUAAUCGGACGAAUAAUUACGAGGGUUCGUGUGGUAGGAUACGUGGAUCGUUGGGGGACUUUUGGCCACCUGAAAUACAUAAUACAACAGUAUCUAUAUUUGUCCCUGAUAUUUGCACGUCUAUGGAUUUGUCAAUUCACGAAAAUACAACGAAAUAUGAAGGUCUAACAGGAAAUAAGUACAUCGGAACGAAAGAUAUGCUCGAUAAUGGUAAAAAUGUACCCUCGAGACAAUGUUAUUGUCCCCAUGGGGAUUGUGGACCUAGCGGAACGUUAAAUAUUUCAUCUUGCAAAUUUGGAGCGCCGGCUUUCGUUAGUAUGCCGCACUUUUAUCUAGCAGACCCGGGCUACAGGGAGAACAUAACGGGGAUGUCGCCGAAUGAGCAAAAACACGAACUAUCGAUCGUCCUGGAACCGACCACAGGUAUUCCACUCUUAGUUAAGGCUGCCCUGCAGUUAAAUAUAUUGCUUGAACCAGUGGAAUAUAUGAGCAUGUUCGAGAAUAUAAACAUGACUUACAUCCCGAUGCUGUGGUUUACUCAAGAGGCUAAUAUAACUGCCGAUUACGCGAAACAAGUUCAGUUACUUUUAAUUCUUCCGUCAUUAGGUACUGUGACCUUUUUUGGUAUAGGGGGAAUCGGAAUUCUAAUAUUCUUUAUCGGACUCUUCGUUUAUGUGCGACAAAGAUGGAGAGGAGAGGAGACUCAAGUAUUAAUAUCCAAAUACGAUGGCGAUGUUAGAACAAGAAACGAAAUGUAGUUUAUUGCUUCUUCUUACCCGCGUGAUUAUUAUAAGUCAGACGCCAAGAUUUAAAUUUGUUUUCUCAUACAUUCACAUUAUUUCUUGUAUACGUCAUGACUAAAACGCAAGAAGUUAUUUAUUCUUUCCGUUAAUUUAAUACAGCAUAUCGAAAUUUGCAUUCAAACAGGUUGACAAUCUUCCGUGCAAAGCGAGAUUUAUCACGUCCAUAAAAAUAUUGCGUAACUUUACAUUGUUGUGAAAAAUAACAUUAAUAAAAAUAACAUUCCAUAUUUUUAUUGGCGCCGGACUUAUAUUAAUUGUGCCUUCUUACGUGCCAUGGAUAGAGCUAAAAAUAUUUUUACUUCCUUUAUAUUUUACUUUACGUCAUUUACUUCCUUUAUGUGUAUUCAAGCUUCCUUCUUUAAUUUCGGAUAUAAUUAUAGAGCAGAGAUAAGACUGUAUUAAUGUCUUAUAAAUAUUUGAAACAAUUAAUGUACCAUAAGGGUACUAGAAAGUGCCUACUUAAGCUAGUAUAGCUAUAGAUUUUCAAUAAGUAAUAGUUCACAUUGUCAAUAACAUGUUAAAAUGAAAAUUUAUUCCUAUAUUUGUCAAGAUGUGAAACGAAUGUAGCUUUUAUAUUACCAAUAUAAAAUCUAUGAAAUAUUUGUGCGGCGGAACAAUCUUCGAGCAUAACUGAAACAUCGUUUUCAUCAGUUAUAUGUGAAAGCGCAAUUAGAGAAAAUCUAUUAUUGGCAUUUUAUCAUCGAUAUAAAUGUAUAUUACAGCGAAAAUGUAUGAAUUAUAUUAUUUUAUAUAUAUUAUUUUAAUAUUAUAUAUUAUUGUCAUAUUCUUCAUAUAUAGAGGAAUCUAUUAGUUGUUUCAUAGAACAAGUUUUAGAUAUUUGUUACUUUGUCAACAUAUGUAAGGUAUAUUAUUUUGUCUACUGUGUUUUCUACUUGCGAUAAACUAAUAAUUACCAUUCUAAAAUUCAUAUCGUUAAUAUUUCUGUCAGACGUACGUAAUUACGAGAGUUAUAUUUCUUUCGAGAUAUAGCUUAGAACAAUUGGGAGAAUAUUUUUGAAUUUUAUCAUUUUUAAUUACUAUCUUCAACUCGCGAACGGAAAACUGCGAAAUUCAGUUUUUUUGCGAUUUCAAGAUAUAACGAUAGAUAAUGUAUAAGCGUAUAUACAAGCAAUAUACCUAUUUUAACAUGAAGAAAAAUGAUUAGAAGAAUAUCUUAGUUUUAAAAUUGAUUAAAUUUCAGCAAUUUAGAAAAAUAUGAUGAGAUCUCGCAGCUACACGAAUAAAAAAUAUUAUAGCAAAAAACUUCAUUUUGAGCAAUUAUACCGCAUCAGGUCUUGAAAAAAUGAUAAUCUUCGAAUCCCAAUGAUUUUCUUCCAAAUCAACGUUUUCUCUAUUACGCAUGAAAUAACACACGGAUAUGCGUGUAUGUAUGCAAGAGGAAAUAUUAUCAUAAAACAUUCAAAGCCGUAGGGAGUAAUAAGCGCUAUGAUUUUAAUCAUAUCGUCUAAUUUCCUCGACAGUAAUUCAUUACGAUUGUAGAUUCGGUUAAAAUUUAGCGAAAUGCAAAUAAUAAUUCGUAUAUAGCAAAUACAGAACGCUCGAAUAUGUGCGUAAUUUGCAAUAAAGUAAAUGCGGCGUUAAAUGAUGCAUCAUGUGCAGCGAGACUUAUUAUACGAUUGCGAUUAUUUUUAUUAAUAAUAAAAUAAUUUUAACAUCUUUUAUAAAUUACGUUUGCUAUAUCGUUUCGCGCUAAUAACACGCGAUAACGAUUAAAUUAAAUAUUGCAGUCGGAUAUCGAAGCUUUAGAAAGUACGUUGAAGAGCAAUAGAAUAAUAGAAAUAUCGCAUGACGUGAAAUUAUCGAAGGAUCGAUUCGGAUGAAAGUUUCAGAGAAAAACAACCCUAUCAAUAACUCGAGAUCAAUUCGCUUGACACUCGUACGUUCGUUUCACUUUAUAUUGAUUUUCGCGGCUUCAGAUGUAACAAAACGUGCUGCAUUCUUACACGAUCGAGCUUUAACACCUGUUGUUGCCCUAAAUAUCUGUGAUAUAUUCAAUGGAGAAGAUGUAUUUGUGCGCGAAAAUGUGAAGAAAUAUAAAAACUGUUUUACCGAAAA